UUCCAUAUCCCAAUGCUUUGGUUAAAGCAACAGUCAUCAAACCUGGCCACCUUUACCAAUGCAAAUGGAGAAAAGGGUUCUAUCUUGAACUUUAGUGUUGCUGAUGGAACUGAGGCCAUGCUUGUCACUCUUAGUGAUGAAGCAAAAAUGCCAACUAUCAAAGACGGAAGGACCCUACAAAUAAGAAAUUUCAUUGUGUAAGGAAGUCGACUUGUACUGUCCAAACAAUCAAAAAUUAUGGCAGGACCAGCUGUACAAGUGCCAGAAUCUUUAAAGGAAAAAGCAGUUACCAUAAUCAUGCCACCAUCACCUACAAAAACCUUGAAGGAUGCAAUGUCAUCGCCUGUUAGAGAAAUCCUGACUGUUCAAGGGCAAAUUAUUCGUGAUGAAGCAAUCAAAACAGUGAAAGUUGCCCAGAAGGACACCAAGAUUAGAGCAUUGACCUUAGAAGAGAAUGGACAGACAAUGGAACUAACUCUUUGGAGAGAGCUGAGUGAACAAGACUUGAAGAUAGGGCAAUACAUUGAAGUUACUCAUUGUCUUGUAUCUGAAUGGCUCAGAAAGAAGAGUCUCAACUCCACAAGAAACACCACCAUCAAGGCUGUACAACCUAAAGAUAUGGUUGUAGCCGGAAAUGUCGAAGCUCUGUCAAUGACAGACACCCACUGUGAAAUGUGUGUCAAGGAAGAUGACAUAUAUAAAGACUUUAUUGUGGAUCUGGACAUGGUUCGUGCCCAAGUUCAAAGAUAUGUGGAAGAAGCCGGAACAUUCAACUUACAACAGCUAGAAAAAAUGAUUGUUGACAAACGUCUCUUCCCUGUGAAGCUUGUCAUCAACGGCACAACAGUCAUUUCCUUUGAAUUGUUAUAAACACUUGCCAACAUUCCUACAUUCGAACCAUAUCAAAAUAAAUACUUUUUGUAAGAACUGUUAAAUUACUAUAAAAAAAAGUCAGUAUGAUUAUUGAUUAGCUAUCAUGACAUCUCUUCAAAUUGACAUUUGCAAACAGGUUUAUUAAAUUUGUAAUAUUUCACUUACCUUAUUUUUACCU